AAGAGGGGUGUGCGGUCAGUGGAAGGGUCUGUAGGCUGAGGAGGAAGUCUGGGGUCUGAGGAUUCUAGCUCAAACUGGAAGGAGGAAGGGAUUUGGCCCGUGGGUUGCAUAAGGUGCCACUAUGGUCGCUCUUGUAGCGUGCUCUUCCCUCCGAGCCCCCCACUUCGAGACCCGGACCUGCCCUCUAGGUUCUGCAUCCAUACCCUCACCCCCACCUCCACCCCCACCUGCGCGCCCACUGCAGGCUGACAGCGCUAAGCAGGCGGGGGCGAGUCAGACCCAGACACGCGCUAGGGUGGGGGUGAGGCGCCCCUUCCCGGAGGCCUCGGAGCUCAGGCCCCGCCCAUCCCCCGGCCCCCGCCGCACCACUUCCGGCAGGCGCUGCGUUGCUGGGGGGCGCGGGCGAGGAUGGCGGCGGAGAACGAGGCCAGUCAAGAGAGCGCCCUGGGCGCCUACUCGCCCGUGGACUACAUGAGCAUCACCAGCUUCCCGCGGCUGCCAGAGGAUGAGCCGGCGCCCGCGGCCCCUCUGAGGGGCCGCAAGGACGAGGACGCCUUCCUGGGAGACCCCGACACAGACCCGGACUCCUUCCUGAAGUCAGCGCGGCUGCAGCGGCUGCCAUCGUCCUCAUCAGAGAUGGGCAGCCAGGACGGAUCGCCUUUGCGGGAGACGCGCAAGGACCCGUUCUCCGCCGCAGCAUCCGAGUGCUCCUGCCGUCAGGACGGGCUCACAGUCAUCGUCACAGCCUGCCUCACCUUUGCCACGGGCGUCACUGUGGCGCUUAUCAUGCAGAUCUAUUUCGGGGACCCUCAGAUCUUCCACCAGGGUGCCGUGGUGACAGAUGCUGCCCGUUGCACAUCACUGGGCAUCGAGGUGCUCAGUAAACAGGGAUCUUCGGUGGACGCAGCUGUGGCAGCAGCCCUGUGUUUGGGGAUCGUGGCUCCACACAGUUCUGGCCUGGGCGGUGGGGGCGUGAUGCUGGUCCAUGACAUCCGACGAAACGAGAGCCAUCUAAUUGAUUUCCGGGAGUCUGCACCUGGAGCCCUCAGGGAAGAGAUCCUGCAGAGAUCCUGGGAGACCAAGCCUGGGCUCUUGGUGGGGGUCCCCGGAAUGGUGAAGGGGCUACAUGAAGCUCACCAGCUCUAUGGCAGGCUGCCAUGGUCCCAAGUCCUGGCCUUCGCAGCAGCUGUGGCCCAAGAUGGCUUCAACGUGACCCAUGAUCUAGCCCAUGCACUGGCUGAACUGCUGCCUCCCAAUGCAUCUGAGCGCUUCCGUGAGAUAUUCCUGCCCUCGGGCCACCCACCAUUACCUGGCUCACUGAUGCAUCGACCUGACCUGGCCACAGUGCUGGAUACGCUGGGCACCUACGGCCCCGCUGCUUUCUAUGCGGCCGGCAACCUCACGCUGGAGAUGGUGGCAGAGGCUCAGCACGCAGGGGGUGUGAUGACUGAGGAAGACUUCAGCAACUACAGUGCCCUUGUGGAGAAACCCGUGUGUGGCGUGUACAGAGGCCACCUGGUUCUCAGUCCCCCGCCCCCGCACACAGGCCCUGCCCUCAUCAGUGCUCUCAACAUCCUCGAGGGCUUCAAUCUCACCAGCCUGGUAUCCCGGGAACAGGCUCUUCACUGGGUGGCAGAGACCCUGAAGAUUGCGUUAGCGCUGGCCAGCAGAUUGGGAGACCCCAUCUAUGAUUCUACCAUCACUGAGAGCAUGGAUGACAUGCUCAGCAAGGUGGAGGCUGCCUACCUCCGGGGCCACAUCAGUGACUCCCAGGCAGCCCCUGCCCCACUCCUGCCUGUUUACGAGCUAGACGGGGCUCCCACGGCUGCCCAGGUGCUGAUCAUGGGCCCUGACGACUUCAUUGUGGCCAUGGUCAGCUCCCUGAACCGGCCUUUUGGCAGUGGCCUCGUCACCCCCUCGGGGAUCCUGCUUAACAGCCAGAUGCUGGACUUCUCCUGGCCCAACAGGACAGCUAACCACUCUGCGCCUAGCCUGGAGAAUUCGGUACAGCCAGGGAAGCGGCCACUGUCUUUUCUGCUGCCCACUGUGGUCCGGCCAGCGGAGGGGCUCUGUGGAACCUACCUCGCCCUGGGGGCCAAUGGAGCUGCCCGGGGCCUCAGUGGCCUGACCCAGGUUCUGCUGAAUGUCCUGACCUUGAACCGGAACCUGAGUGAUAGCCUGGCCCGUGGCCGCCUACACCCAGACCUGCAGUCCAACCUCCUGCAGGUGGACCGUGAGUUCACAGAGGAAGAGAUUGAGUUCCUGGAAGCCAGGGGUCACCACGUGGAGAAGGUAGAUGUCUUAUCCUGGGUCCAUGGCAGCCGGCGAACCAACAGCUUCAUCAUCGGUGUGAAGGACCCUCGGAGCCCAGAUGCAGCUGGAGCCACCAUCCUGUAGAGCAGCGGGGUGGAGCGGGGGUCUCCGCUCCCCCCCUUUGCAUGUUCCUAGAGUCCCUCCUCCUCCCAGGUUUGGUUUCAGGGGGACCCCGGGGAUGCCCCAGGUCAGGGGCCAGAGGGGAUGCUUAGCAAACCCUAUCCCAGAGUAAGUGGAAAAUUCUCCAUCCAGAGGCUGGUGGUGGUGGUGGUGGUAGUGGUGGUGGUGGUGAGUGUCAGUGUUCACAAUAGGCAGCCAGGACCUUGAGGAGUCAGACUAUUUGUCUGUCUGUCUCCUUUCCCUCAGCCAUGCUGGCCCUGAGCUUAGGGAUGUGCUUGCAAACCCUUCUCAAGGGACCUCACAACCCCAAUAUCUCCAGUCUGGCCUGACCUGGGCCUUGUCUUCCAGCUCCCUUCUCCUGUCCCCAGACUCAUUUCUUAAAUGACUAGGAUUUUUUUAAUGGACCAUCCUGGGGAGGGAGUGUUCCUCUCUUCCUCCCACCAGGUUGAGGCGAGGGCCUUGCAUCUGGGAGGCAGGGUGUGGAAUAGGGGUGGGGGUGGGACCAGCUCAGGGGCUUCCAUUUGCAAAGGGGAAUUAAAGAAAGAAUAUUGCUUA